UGAAGACUGGAGACCCGGGUGGAACUAGAGAUACAUCAAUUUCAUCACGCGUACAUUGGACAUAUUGGCAAGAUUCAAUUGCUUGUUUUUUUUAGUGUACCAUUCAAUAACUUUGUAUUGAUAUUAGAUAUGUUAUUUUAUCAUAUCUAAUCAAAUGAAUGUGUUCAAACGACUGUUAAUGCUGAUGACGACCGCCCAAAUGAGAGUUACUCAUCUGACACCCUGAUUUCAUCAAAGAAAAGCUCCUACAACGUUUAAUUCAGAAAGUGAUUUCCGACGCUUGUCUUGUCUAGAAAUUUGUAUCUAUAGAAUGGCUAUCAACACGGAUGCCGCGUUUGGUAAAAGGGCCAUGGGGGAGAGGGAAGUCUCACAUCCCACCGACUUCCAAGACACAGAGAAACUCCUGAGCGCCGUGACCACCGGGGAAAGCAACCUCAAACCGUGUGACACAUCUCUCAACUUGAGAAGCAGCAUCCAUUCCCUGAAUACCGAGCAGAACGGACACCAAUCGCCAGUAAGGUCAUGCUCCGCGCCCGUGUCCCAGCUGAGCUUCGGACCCCCCCUCCUGCUCCGCCGCUCCCAGGUGCCACCCGGUUCAGAGCCGCCGAGCUACCUGUGGCUUGCGGUGUUGUCGUGCUUUUGUCUUGCUGUGCCGGUGAACAUGUUCGCGCUGUGGUAUGCUCACAUGUCGCAGUCUGUUCUCCAGACCGGGGAUGUAGACGGAGCUAAGAGGCUGGGUCGUGUCUCUCUGCUGCUCAGCUGUAUCUCCAUGUUCCUGGGUGUGGCCGUCAUCAUCUUCAUAGUGGUCACGGGAGACAUCCUCAGAUUAAAAUAAAUGAGCAUUGAGUAGAGGUGGAACGAGCUUAAUACCAAAGAAAAACAACACUGAAAACAGAAGUCAUGAAUGAAUUCAAGGCAAACCAAAGAAUAGAAGCCAUCACUUACAUUUUGCGAGAAUCUGCUCUGUUAUGAACCAAAACCCAAAGGGAGGAAAGUAGAAUGAGUGAAAUAUCUUUGACUCUAAGCAAGGCUACUCUGGAACAACAGGAAGAACUCUAUGAUCAAAAAAUGUAACAGUACUACCGUAAUCUAUUCACACGCAUUACAAAUGUAUUUCAUAACCUAGGUACCAUAUACCAGUGUGCUUCCAUGUACUUUUUCUAAAGAGUAUAAAAAAGUCUCAACUGCUGCUGAGGUUCACAAUGGACUGUCAUGGCCGUCAUUCCUCCAGUGUCUCUUAGGCUGCAUCUCAAAUGGCACCCUAUUCCCUAUAAAGUGCACUACUUUAGACCUGGGCCCAUCAAGCCCAUAGAGCUCUGGUCAAAAUUAGUGUACACAGUGCCUUGCAAAAGUAUUCAUUCCCCUUGGCAUUUUUCCUAUAUAGUUGCAUUACAACCUGUAGUUUAAAUGUAUUUUUAUUUGGAUUUCAUGUAAUGGACAUACACAAAAUAGUCCAAAUUGGUGAAGUAAAAUGAAAAAAAGUACCUGUUUAAAAAAAUUCAAAAACAAACGGAAAAGUGGUGCGUGCAUAUGUAUUCACCCCAUUUGCUAUGAAGCCCCUAAAUAAGAUCUGGUGCAACCAAUUACCUUCAGAGGUCACAUAAUUAGUAAAAUAAAGUCCACCUGUGUGCAAUCUAAGUGUCACAUGAUCUGUCACAUGAUCUCAGUAUAUAUACACCUGUUCUAAAAGUCCCCAGAAUCUGCAACACCACCAAGCAAGUGGCAUCAUGAAGACCAAGGAGCUCUCCAAACAUAUCAGGGACAAAGUUGUGAAGAAGUACAGAUCAGGGUUGGGUUAAAAAAAAAUAUUUGAAACUUUGAACAUCCCACAGAGCACCGUUAAAUCCAUUAUAAAAAAAUGGAAAGAAUUUGGCACCACAACAAACCUGCCAAAAGAGGGCCACCCACGAAAACUCACGGACCAGGGAACGAGGGCAUUAAUCAGAGAGGCAACCAAAGAGCUGCAAAGCUCCACAGCAGAGAUUGGAGUAUCUGUCCAUAGGAUUACUUUAAGCAGUACACUCCACAGAGCUGGGCUUUAUGAAAAAGUGUCCAGAAAAAAACUAUCAAACACAUUUGGUGUUCGCCAAAAGGCAUGUGGGAGACUCACCAAUCAUAUGGAAGAAGUCUCAGAUGAGACUAAAAGUGUGCUUUUUGGCUAUCAUGGAAAACGCUAUGUCUGGCGCAAACCCAACACCUUUCAUUACCCCGAGAACACCAUCCCCACAGUGAAGCAUGGUGGUGGCAGCAUCAUGCUGUGGAGAUGUUUUUCAUUGGCAGGGACUGGGAAACUGGUCAGAAUUUUAAGGAAUGAUGGAUGGCGCUAAAUACAGGGAAAUUCUUGAGGGAAACCUGUUUCAGUCUUCCAGAGAUUUGAGACUGGGAUUGAGGUUCACCUUCCAGCAGGACAAUGACCCUAAGCAUAUUGCUAAAGCAGCACUCUAGUGGUUUAAGGGGAAACAUUUAAAUGUCUUGGAAUAGCCUAGUCAAAGCCCAGACCUCAAUCCAAUUGAGAAUCUGUUGUAUGACUUAAAAAUUGCUGUACACCAGCGGAACCCAUCCAACUUGAAAUCCGAGUGGCUAGAUGUGCCAAGCUUAAAGAGACUUGCAGUUGUAAUUGCUGCAAAAGGUGUCUCAACAAAUUUACUUUGGGUGGGUGAAUAGUUAUGCACGCUCAAGUUCAGGUUUUUUGUCUUCUUCUUGUUUGUUUCAACCCAAAAAUAUUUUGCAUCUUCAAAGUGGUAGGCAUGUUGUGUAAAUCAAAUGAACCAACCCCCCCCAAAAAAUACAUUUUAAUUCCAGGUUGUAAGGCAACAAAAUAGGAAAAAUGCCAAGGGGGAUGAAUACUUUCGCAAGCCACUGUAUAGGGAAUAAGGUGACAUUAGGAAAGCAUCCGUCGAGGACUAGCUAUGACUGAUGGCAUGAGAAUAGAUGGGGCAGUUUUGUUAAGUGUGUUUUCAUUUAUUUGUUUGAUUCCUGUGGUGUUUCCCAGAACUAAGAAUAUAUAAAUAGCUUUUCUAACUCUUCAUGGUGAGGAUUGCUGGGUUGUUAUUGUUCAGUAAAAAAAAUAUCCAGUCAUCUUGCACUACUAUGCUUGCAUAUCACAAUACCUUUCCUUUAGUCCUAGAUCCAGGACCAAGCUAUGAUAAUCUUAAGGCUAGGUGUCCUGCUAGCGGGACAACUUCCUGUGAAACUGGAGGGAGCGCAAUUCAAAUAAAUAAUCAUAAAAAUUGUGGAUAUUAAACAUUUAGGUAAAUAUAAGUGUCUUAUAUCGGUUGAAAGCUUAAAUUCUUGUUAAUCUAACUGCACCGUUGGAUUUACAUGAGCUAUUCCAGCGAAAACAUGCCAUGCAAUUGUUUGUGGAUGGCGCCACACAUCAAAAUAUUUUACCACCGGCACAGGUUUCAUAAAUUCACAAAUAGCGAUUAAAUAUUCACUUACUUUUUGAAAAUAAUCCUCUGGUUUGUCAUCCAAAGGGUCCCAGCUAUAACAUGUAGUGUCGUUAUAUCCCAAAAAGUCCGUUUAGUUGGCGCCAUCGAUUUGCGUAAUCCACUCGUUCAACUUGCACAGAAAGGAAACCGAAAAUCUACCCCUAAACUUGGUUUCAACAAGUCAAAAUACAUUUCUAUUUACUCCUCAGAUACCAUAAAAUGUAAUCAAGCGAUAAAGAAGCAUGUUCAAUAGGAAACCGAUUUUAGCACGUGCGCCCUGUCUUCAUGGGCGAGCGCCAACACAAAUUUCCAAGACUGUGUCCCCGUAAUAAAACUGAUAUUUCUUGUAAGUUUUGGAAGUUACAAGCCUGAAACCUUGAACAUAGACUGCUGACACCCUGUGGAAACCAUAGGAAUCGCAUCCUGGGAUCUAAUUUCCAGUAUGUCCUUAUACUUGCAAUUGUAAGAGCAUGGUCGCUCUCUCAAAAAAGGGUUUUCUUUGGAUUUUCGCCUACCAUAUCUAUUGUGUUAUAUUCUCCUACAUUAUUUCUUUCCAAUUUACCAAUUAUAUAAAUAUCCUGGCUUUAGAGCCUGAGCAACAGGCAGUUUGUUUACUUUGGGCACAUCAUUCAAGCGGAAAUUGAGAACAAAGGGGCCUAGCCCUAAGUUAAAGGCCCAGUGCAGUUAAAAUUAAGUUUUCCCUGUGUUUUGUAUAAUACUGUACAACAACUGAAGAAACUAACACUGUAAAAGUGUGCAAAAUUUUGAUAAGUGUUAUUCAUAAUAGUUGCUGGUUGAAAAUACAAUUUUCACAGGGCCUUCUAAUCAAAAGGUUUGAAUUGGCUGGAAUUUCGGCUUACCAUGGUGACAUCACCAUGUGGUAAAUUUGUUAAGACCAAAAACAAAAAGAGUUCCAAACCUCUCUGCCAAAACCAGCUAGUUUUCACUUUUCCCUUCCCCACUCAGACCUCUCGUAACAGUCCUAUAAUUUGUGUUCUCCCAUAAAAAGCAAUUAACGCCAAAUUGAAUGGAAAUCUAUUACAGUAAGGCACUUAAUUGUUACCCAGAAAUGAUUUGAUUUUGAUAUAGAAACAGCUGCACUGGGCCUUUAAAACACCUUAAGAGUUGAAAUCUCUGUUGUAUUGAGACAAUGAUACUAAAUAUGUAACGGCUACCAUGUUUAAUACUACUACACCAUUCCUCUGUAUCCACUCUGCACUCUGUCUAGACAUUUAUUUGAAUGGUUUUCUAUGCCAUAUUUUUGCACGUCUGAAAUAAACUUGAAUAAGCAUGGGGAACUGGUGUGUGAGCUUGUCAACGGAAAACCUCCCUCCACACACAUUAACACGUGUGUUCCAAUGAGGCCCAAAAAUACAUUUUUACAAUUAGAUUUUUCAAUUUUUACAUUCAAUAUUCAAAAUGAAUAUUGAACUCAACUUAAACAGUAUUCCAGAUAAAAUGAUGAUUAUCAUAGUUAUCAUGUCAUUUAAGCUUUGCUCUCUUUGGAGUGGUACCAACAUGGCAGAUCGAGAGCUUGGGACCAUAAGGUUAUAUCUGCAUAAAUAUGAUUCUGAGACAAUUGGUGUCAACGAUUUUUAUCUUGUAUUAUUUUGAACUUAAUAGCAUGAAUUGGGUAUUUAAGGUACUAUAAAGGUUAAAUACAUUAUUUUUUUUUUUUAAAACAAGGCUAUUUCAAUAACUCCAUUUUGACAGAAAAUUCUAGAUACAGUGCCUUCAGAAAGUAUUCACACCCCUUGACGUUUUCUAAAAUAAAAAUCACAGCCUUAAUUUGAAAUGUAUUGAAUGUAGAUUGUUUUGGACACAGGCCUACAAACAA